GUCGGUUCGCGCCGUUUCCUGUGUGAGAAAUAACAAAACUAUAAGAAACUAAGGUAUUUCAAGCAAUUAUGCAUUGAGCCAAUAAGCAAAAACUGACAAUAGAUCAUCGGAUUUCAUGUCAUAAGCACCAAAUCAACACAAGAUGAGUCAGAAUGUCAUCUCAGGGGGUAAGGCUGUGAAGGUCAUUUAUCCUCCCACAUGUAAGGAAGUGACAGAAGAUCUGGGAAAAGAUGAGCUGGUUCGGAGACUCAAGCUUAUUGCCAGAGCAUUCCAAGAUAUGGGGCAAGAUGAGAAUGAGCAGUAUUCAGGUCUUGCUAUUCAUCUGGCCACAGAUUUCUUCCUGGAACACACAAACAAAGAUGUUCGCCUCCUAGUGGCCUGCUGUCUAGCCGAUGUUUUCAGGAUUUUUGCUCCGGAAGCUCCUUAUGGAGAUGCUUCACGCAUAAAGGACAUCUUCAUGUUUCUAAUAAAGCAGUUGCGUGGACUUGAAGAUCCCAAUUCUCCUACAUUUAAGAGAUACUUCUACUUGUUAGAGAACCUUGCCUGGGUGAAGUCCUUCAACAUCUGUAUUGACCUGGAUGACAACCAAGAGAUUUUCUGCAGUCUCUUCAAACUGAUGUUUUCCAUCAUCAAUGAAAAGCACACUGGUAAAGUGAAGAACUUCAUGAUAGACAUGAUGUGUCCCCUGCUGACAGAGGCAGAUGUCGUGUCACAGGAGUUGCUUGAUAUUCUCCUCAUCAACAUUGUCGAGCCACACAAGAGUCAGAACAGACAGGCUUUCAAUCUGGCCAAGGAACUACUUGUGCGGACUGGAGAUUCCAUAGAGCCUUAUGUUCAAGCAUUCUUCAACAAUGCCCUGAUGCUAGGAAAGACAUCAGAGAGUGAGCUAUCUGAACAUCUGUAUGAUCUGAUUUACGAGCUGAACGCACUCUGUCCUUCCGUACUUCUGGCGGUUCUACCACAGCUGGAGUUCAAACUCAAGAGUAAUGAGGAGACAGAGCGAAAGUCUGUAACAAAGAUCCUAUCCAAGAUGUUCUCAGACCCAGAGUCAACCCUGGCUGAGCAAAACAAACCACUGUGGAACUGCUUCCUUGGCAGAUUUAAUGACAUCAGUAUCACAGUGAGGACCAUUUGUGUGCAGUCAACACUCAACUUUGUCAUGAAUCAUCCAGAACUUGUCAAAGAUGUCAUUGAGCAAGUAAAGAUUCGCCAGCAUGAUGCAGAAGAAACAGUCCGGCAGGAGGUGGUGACCGCCUUGGUGAAGAUCUCCAAGGAAAACUUUGAUGCUACCACACCGGAGAUGCUGGAUAUCAUCAAAGAGAGGACCAGGGAUAAGAAGUUUAAGAUCCGCCAAUCUGCCUUGCUGGGGUUGGGCUAUCUAUACAAGGCAGUUAUGGCCAGUGAGACUGCCCCACAGGCCGAAGUCAACAAGGUUGUCUGGGUUAGGGACAAGGUAUUCCAUGCCUACUACCAGCAAAACCCAGAUGACAGGUUGAUGGUAGAGAGACUGUUCAACAUGUGCCUGGUUCCCUACACACUGCCUCCCAAUGAGAGGAUGAAGCGGCUUUAUAGGCUGUAUGGAAAACUGGACGGCCCAGCUGUCAAGGCAUUCCAUGAAAUGAUGAAACAUCGGCAUAUAGUUCGGACCCAUGUGAAGGGUAUACUGGACGGGCUAGACAAAAUGAAUCAGAACCCCAAGGAGCAUGUGUUCCUGUUGCCCAGGCUACAACACCUCUCAAAGACAUUGCCAGACCAGCCAAAAGCAUUAGAACAGUUGAAGAAACUGAACGAGUUAUUGCGAGAUGAUAAACGUCUCCGAAAUCUCAUGAGAUACCUGGUCAGUCCAGACUGCAAUUGUCGGAAGGCCAACGAAAACGUGAAAGAAAUCCUAAAGCGUCUAGGCGGUGGUAAUACCAACAGCAGUCAAAGUCAGAUACUACUGUACAACAACACAAAGGCUCUCCUGGAACGUGUGGCUCCAGUCAUGGUUGAUGCUCAAGCCAUGACCUGUCUGGUCAAACAUGUUGAAGAUGCUGUUAAGGGUCAAGGGACCAUCGCUGAUGAUAUCUUUGAAGCUGGACAGAAAGGGGUUCAACUUUUACUAUGUUUUUCCACUGUGUUCCCCCAGUAUUUCAAAGGAGAGGAGACAUUUGAGACCCUGAUAUCCUUCUUGAAAGAUGAGGAUGAACAAGUUGCUGAUGUCACAUUACAGAUUAUCACAAACUGUGGAACGGAUCUUGAAACCCAAAGUCCUGAUGUUUUUUCAAAAUUGUUACCAAUACUCCAGCACACUGCAAAGAUCGGAAGUCCAAAGCAGGCAAAACAUGCAUUACGGUGCAUUAACAAAAUUGUGAAGAAUAAAGAACCUGUUUUCUCACAGAUAUUUGAGUAUGUUCGAAACAACCUGAAGCCUGAGUCUGCCAACUACAUCACAUCAAUAGUGGCCCUGGGUCACAUAGCGAAUAUGUGUUCAGAGGCGUUCUCCAGCAGCAUGAAAACCAUCGUCUCCAAGGACAUAGUCAAAGAUCUGCUAAUGGAGGAUAGGACACAUGGGGAACAAGUAAUGGACAGCUGGUAUUCCGAUCAUUUGGUCACAGAGGAAACAAACGCCAAGAUACAAGCUAUGAAGCUGUUAAUGCGCUGGCUAUUGGGGUUGAAGAGCAAUGUGAAUAACUGCUGUACGUCCACUCUGCGGCUACUGUACACCGUCAUUGUUCACGAGGGAGAUCUCAUGGAGAAAAUGCUAAUAAAUAAGCCUGAGCUAGCCCGACUGCGCCUCCAGGCUGGUUGUGUGAUACUGAAGCUGGCGGAGGAACCUGUGUUUGCUGAUCUCAUUCAACAAGAACAAUUCCAGGCCCUUGCACUUCUCAUAAAUGACAGCUGCUACCAUGUCCGUAUGCGGUUCUCAGAGAAGCUAAACAAGGGCCUGAUAUCCAUGCGUCUACCCCUUGAGUUUAUGUCAAUCUUCAGCCUCGCAGCUAACGACCCUGUUCGAGAGAGGCGCACCACCAUUAAGAAGUUUCUGCAGCUCAACAUUCAGAGACGCAGGGACUUUCUUAAACAAAACCAAGUGCUUGGAGCUAAGAACACAGAUGAUAAGGGGAAGCUAUUCCAGUACCUGCCUGAUUAUGUAAUGCCCUACACCAUCCACUUGCUAGCCCAUGAUCCAGACCUCCGGUCUUACGAAGAAGUGGGCGCUCUCAAAAACAUCAAGGAGUGCCUUUGGUUUAUGAUGGAGCCAUUGGUCGCGAGAAGUGAGGAAUACAACUACCAUUUCUUCCGUCGCCUCAUAGAGAACAUCAAACAAGCUAAGGAUCUACAGAACCCUGAUGAGGAUACUAACAAGAAACUGUAUGCAGUGUGUGACCUUGCCCUGGGCCUCCUACAGAAAAACCUGACCAACAUAGUUCUCAAAGACAGUAACGUGGACCCUGUUCUGCCAGGAAAACUAUUCUCUAAACCAAACAAGGAAUCUCUUAACAGCACAGUGUAUUUACCUAAGGAUUUCAACUUUGAAAAGAAGAAGGGUAUCUCAGAGCCAACGGACGCUGCACAACCUGCCCACAACGCACCUAGCACAUCAGGCGCAGGCUACUACCGAGGCCGUCAGCCCAAGCCCACCACCUUGGAGACCAUUGUGGUCGAGAGUCCAGGGCCUGUGGUGAACCCAAACCCCACAUGUCCCCGGGAACCCAAGAAGAAGAAAGUCAAAAGAGAAGAAAGCCCAGAUGAGUCAAUUGAAGGUGAAGCAAAAACUCCAAAGAGAACCAGCAGGGCUCGGGGUUCAAAGUCAGCAGCUGCUGCCAAAGGUGCUGAUAGUAUUGAAGAUGAUGACAGUGAAAUCGGAGAGCCUGAAACACCCCAGGGCUCUGACAUAAGCUCAGAACCAAAGUCAUCGCCCCCUCCGAAAAAACACACCCAAGGGCGAGGCAAGGGAAGGGCGAUGGCUCUGGGGAAAAGAAAUAAGAAAAACGUUGAGCCAGAUGAAUCAUCACAGGAAAGUGUAGGAAAGAGUGAUUCUCAGGAAGAAAUGGAAGCUUCUCCGGAAAUGAGAGACACUAAUUCACAGGAAUCGGAAGUUACAUCACCACCAAAGAAAAGAUUGCUUAAGAGAACAAUGGCGGAAAGUGGUCAAACUCAAAAACAGUCGCUACAAAGUAAUAAAAAGACUGGUGGUAAAAAGGGUGGAAAGGCUGGUGCAACAGCUGCAGACACUAAAGAGAGUGCAGAGAUUAGUGGUGGUAAAAAGGGAGUGGUACAAAAGAAGGGCAAGGGUGUUGUGAAUCAAAAUGGUGCAAAGGGAAAAGGAAGGGGCAGGAAAAGGACUAAAGAGGAAAGUGAAUCAGAACAGGAAGAAGAAGAGGAGGAAGAGGAAGAAGUUGCAGCACCCAGCAAGAAGAGAGCGAAUACUAGUACUGCAAAGGGAAAAGGACGAGGCAACAAGAGGGUUAAGGAAGAGAGCGAGUCUGAAGAAGAAGAAGAGGAGGAAGAAGAAGAUGAGGAGGAGGAGGAGGAGGAAGAUGAGGAGGAGGAAACUGCGUCAUCAAGUAAGAAGAGAAAAUUCAACCUAGAGAAGGAUGCUGUCCCUGCACCUAGUCUCGGCAAGAAAAAAGCUGCCAACAAAAAGUCCAACCCGUCCUCGCCCGCUAGUUCUGUAUCGAGUGUCGCAUCCACACCAAAGAAGGCUUCCCCAGCCAAGAAAGCUACAACAAAGGGCCCCAAACCAUCGGCUAGUGCAACUCUGCCUGCCAGAAAUGUGAGAAGAGGCAGGCAGCUGUCUAACGGCACAUCAGCGUCAGAAACCGACACCAGCUCACCGGGGAAGGCUGCUGCACUAUCCAGGGUCAUACAGAAGAAUACCAGACGAGCUCCUCCAAAAGGCAAAAAGUGAAUGAAGGAAUUAGAGGCUAAUGAGGAAUAUACAUUUUAAAUGGGGCAGUGGAAUAAAUCAUUAUUGUUUCAUGAAGUGUGAAAGAUUGGAAUUGGCCAGGUGCACUUCAGGGAUAUUGUCCAAAAGCAGUAAUCUGUUCAACUAGGACGUUUAAGUAUUGUUUGUUGUUUCUGCCAAGUUCUUUUUUCAUCAUUCAGAAGUUUCAAAACAUGCAAAGAUGAAGUGAUAGUCAAUGGACCAUUUGAUUUUUCAAUUUCUGUUAAAUGUUAACAAUAAAUGGAGGUUGAGGCAAGAAGAUUGGGGACAGAAAGAAUUGCUCGGAGUAAAAUGCAGCAUGCACCUAAUUGUGUUAAAAGUUCCUUUACCUUGAAUGCAAAUUGAGGAGAUGAAAAUGAUCUGGCCCACAGGUGAGCUCUAAUGCUCAGGUGGUAAAUAUACUUGUUCCUUUUGAAGAUCUGAUAAAUAUCAAAAGUACGUAAAUGCAAAUGAACCAGACAUUCAUCAGGUCGGUGGACCAUAUGUGUGUUAAUAAGCAGCUACUUUCCUUUCAGAUGUUUCAAAUGAGUAUUAUGUCUGCUCUUUUAAUGAGUUUGAAUGAAAUGAGGUUUAAGAUUGCUUAUUGAUUUAUUACUGACUAAGUGAAUUAAUUUUGUUUUGUACAGUCACUGAAAAAGACAGAUAUUUCAAUAUUUUAUUUCGUAAAAACAUGGUAUAUGUACACAGAACAGUACAAAUAUGGUAUAAGCUAUAUGUACACAGAAAUGUACACAUAAACAUUACUGUCACUUAAUGAGUAUUUUUAAAUGAACAAACGAUUGAGCACAUCUCUUUUUACCAGUGAACACUGUCGCAUGUUUGCGAAACGUGAGUUUUAAAUUCGUGUGAACAUAUAUGUGUAUGUUGUUGAACAUUUAUCAGUUCUUUAUGUUCCCAUUUGCGUUUUCAUCAAUUCAUUGUAUCUAAUAAUGCUGUUUCAUUAUGCAUCUUUGUCAUUGAUUUCUUGAUCAUGAAAUAAAUCAUUUCAU